UAAAGUGCUAUGUAUUUUUAACUUGUUGUGUUUGUUAUAGUUUCAUUUAUCUAAAAACAAGAUAAUGAAUAAAAAUUCCAUAAAAUCCACACUUAAUAAUUAUUUAAAACAGAAAAACUAUCCGAUAAAUGAAAGGUUUCGGAAAAGUGACUUAGUGCUUACACAGUCAAAAGAGGAAUUUCUAAUGGAUCUUAAAAUUAAUACAGAAAUCUCGCGAACUAAUUCAUUUACAUUUUCAAACAUAUCAAGUCUUAAUGGGAGUCAAAGUCUAGUAGAUCAACAAGUCAGUAGAUUAGUAAAAUUUGUGCAGUGCCAGAGAAAUACAACAUUAAGGAGAGAGCUAGAAUCAUUAUUACCGCCAAUAGUUUGUCAUUUAUAUAUUGAGAUGCUAAAAGGUCGUGAAUUCAGGCCAGCUCAUGACUUCUUACGCAAAUUCUCAUGUCUAGUUGGAAAUGUACAAGAUAUAGCGCAACAAAAAGUCAAUGGAAGUGAUCCAAAUCUCCUCAUCGUUCCACAAACAAUUCAGUUUCUUCCACAAUCAUCAUCUUCAGCAGCAGCAGCAAUAGCAUCACAACAAAAUUCAAGCCUACACCAGAAUAUUUAUAAUAGAAUUACGCCAAGUACAUCAAAGCAUCAAGCUCCACAUAUAAGUCAACUUAAUUUGGAUGAACAAAAGUUAUUAAUGUUUAGGGAAUUGAUAAGUAAUUUAUCAUAUUUAAAACGACUAGAUGAUGUUAAGGACAAUAAGCUCAUACUUAACUUUCGAUCGUGCAAAUAUAAAGUAAAGAUAUCCAACAAGACACUCUCCGUGCUCAAUAAAUAUCUUUCCAAACAUAGUCACGUACUUCUCAUCCAAAUUCUUCAUCUUUGGUUCAAUAUGGAUCUCUACGAUUUACAUGACGACCUUAACGAUGACAGUUCCUCAUCGUCAUCAUCAUCGUCAUCACAAAAUAAUGAACAUUAUGAAAAAACACAUAGAAACUCAUUGUCUAAAUCAAACAUUGAUAGAUAUACUGACCCCUCAUAUUGUGAUACUCUCGAUAAAGAUAUUAAAUGUAAUGUAAAAAGUGGACUGCAAUAUGAAAAGUCUGCUCACAAUCGAUGUGAUGACAAUUCCAUGGAAGUUUUGUAUGGCAGUAGUAGUAGUAGUAGCAAUAUUAAAAUAAAAAGACUGCGUGAUUGCCUCCAUCGUGUUUAUAGUAAAUAUCACAAACCAAUUCGAAUUUUUAAUAUAAAUUACACUGAUAACAGUCUAUGUUCUGCAUCAACCGAUAAGCAAUUGUGUCAUUUGGCUGCUGGCUUUGAAGACUCUUCAAUUCUUCUAUGGUCGAUUAAUGGCUUUGAGAAUUAUGGACAUAAGCCAUUUCAGUCAUUUGACGAUCGACUGUGUCAGUGGUCAAUAAACAACUGUAAUCGAAUGUUAACAGAUGAUUUGAGUGAUUAUGAGACGAGCGAUGAGGAGGUUGAGAAACAUUUAAAGGCAUCAAGCGAAGCAGAGGAAGAAAGUCCUGAUGAAAGUUCAAUGGCCAAGAAUGCUUUAACAAAAUUGUCAAAAAGGCGAAGAAAUUGUAACAAAUAUAGAAAAACAUUAAGUAUUAAGGAGCAGUGGAAGGACUACACAUCAAAAAACAGCUGUGAAAAUAACUUCUCAACAGAUUCUCAAAGUAUUAUCCUUCGAGGACAUCGAAGCUCAGUGACAGAUCUGGUCUUCGGACGAAACAAUACUUUACUUAGCGUAUCUAGAGACACAACUUUUCGGCUGUGGAAGGCUGACUCGUACACUUGUGCUUCAGUUUAUCGAGGUCACGAAUAUCCAAUUUGGUGUGUAGAUGAAAGUUCUAAUGGCUGCUAUGCAGCUACAGGUUCACGUGAUACAACGGCUCGACUUUGGUCAUAUGAGCGAAAAUUUCCACUUAGGGUUUAUGCAGGUCACACUUUAGACGUAGAUUGUAUAGCUUUUCAUCCAAAUGGCAAUUAUUUUGCAACAGGCUCGGCUGACACAAAUAUUCGGAUGUGGUGUGUCACUUCAGGAAGAUUAUUAAGGAUAUUUACCGAAUGUCAUUUACCUGUAAAUACAAUUAGCUUUAGUCCAGAUGGAAAAUUUCUCGCAGCUGCAGGCGAUGAGACAAAGAUUCGAGUCUUCGACUUAGCAGCAGGCCAACAACUCUUAGAUUUAAAGAAUCAUACUGCAUCUGUAAAAUCUCUAUCUUGGAGUUCAAAUAGUAAAAAACUUCUUUCAGGAUGUAGUGAUGGAUCGUUUUAUGUUUGGAACAUCAAUACACCGGCUACAAAUACUUCCAAUGUUUCAAGUAGUACUAACGCAAAAGACUCAUCAUCAUCGUCGUCUACAUCGACUUUAAUUCAGUCGAAUUCAACAGGCUGUAAAAGAAUUGUUAAGGUUUUCUUCAGCGGUCCAGACGAAAUCGUUCACGCAAUAGGAAACGAUUGAUGAAAGCUUUAUAAUCACAACAGAAUCAAAUGUUGUCGAUUAAAUUGCUCAAAUACUAAACUGUCUAAUCCAUAAAUGAAGCAUAAACAAUUGUGUAAAUUAUUUAUUUAUAUAUGAGAAACGCUACAAUACCAU